CGGCGCGGAGCCGCAGAGCCACCGCGCGGGCCGGGCACACCGGGACUCGGCCGACCGACGGCGGCGGCCCCGCAGAGGCGCGAGGCGGUGGGAGCGCCCGAGUCGCGAGCUCGCGGGGGACCGCGAGAGCGACGCGUGCAGCGAGGAGGACGCAGGCGACGGCGGCGGGCGGGCCUCGUGGGCGCAGCGCGACCCGCGCCGAGCGACCGGAGGCGGCUCCCGGCCCCUGCCGCACCGAGAGCGGCGAGCCCCCCGCGCCGCCCGUCCGCGCCCUCCCGCUCCGGCCCCUCCCUUCCCUCCCUCCCUGGCGCAACAUGGCUGCGGCCGCCGCCUCCGCCUCCCAGGACGAGCUGAAUUCUUUAUACAAUUGCAUAUGUACGAGUGGAUGAACCUACCAUUGGUGAUCCAGAGGAUUUUUGUCAAGACUGGAUAAACCAUGUAUCACAUUGAUUGUAGAGAUCAGCUUGAACGGGUCUUUUUACGACUUGGCCAUGCUGAAACAGAUGAACAAUUACAGAAUAUUAUAUCUAAAUUCCUUCCUCCUGUUUUGCUCAAACUGUCCAGCACCCAAGAAGGAGUACGCAAAAAGGUAAUGGAACUGCUGGUCCAUCUGAAUAAGCGUAUAAAAAGCCGCCCCAAAAUACAGCUCCCGGUAGAGACACUGUUGGUUCAAUACCAGGACCCUGCUGCAGUUUCCUUUGUCACAAAUUUUACUAUAAUUUAUGUUAAGAUGGGCUAUCCUCGCCUGCCAGUGGAAAAACAAUGUGAACUGGCCCCUACGCUUCUUACUGCCAUGGAAGGGAAGCCUCAGCCACAGCAGGAUAGCUUAAUGCAUCUUUUAAUACCAACCCUUUUUCACAUGAAAUACCCUGUUGAAUCAUCAAAAUCAGCUUCUCCGUUUAAUCUUGCUGAGAAACCAAAGACCGUGCAGCUGCUUUUGGACUUCAUGCUAGAUGUCCUUCUGAUGCCUUAUGGAUAUGUGUUAAAUGAAUCCCAGAGUCGCCAAAAUUCAUCUUCAGGACAGGGUUCUUCUUCAAAUAGUGGGGGAGGUUCUGGAAUACCCCAGCCUCCCCCAGGAAUGAGUUUUUAUGCAGCUAAGCGAGUUAUUGGUGAUAACCCGUGGACACCUGAACAGUUGGAACAGUGCAAAUUGGGUAUAGUGAAAUUCAUAGAAGCUGAACAGGUGCCUGAACUCGAAGCUGUUCUCCACUUGGUGAUUGCUUCUAGUGACACACGCCACAGCGUAGCGACAGCAGCGGACCUAGAAUUGAAAAGCAAGCAAAGCUUGAUUGACUGGAAUAAUCCUGCCAUCAUUAAUAAGAUGUACAAGGUAUACCUUGGAGAUAUACCACUGAAGACAAAAGAGGGAGCAGUUCUGAAACCAGAGCUGAAGAGGGACCCCGUCAGUACAAGGGUUAAGUUAAAGAUUGUCCCCCAUCUCCUUCGUUCUAGACAAGCUGCAGAAACGUUCCCAGCUAACAUCCAGGUGGUAUAUGAUGGACUUUUUGGUACAAAUACAAAUUCAAAAUUGAGAACAUUAUCCCUGCAGUUUGUGCAUCAUAUUUGUAUAACUUGUCCAGAAAUCAAGAUUAAGCCAUUAGGUCCAAUGCUUUUGAAUGGCCUCACCAAGCUAAUCAAUGAAUAUAAAGAAGACCCUAAGCUACUGUCAAUGGCAUAUUCAGCUGUUGGAAAACUCUCCAGUCGAAUGCCCCAUUUAUUCACCAAGGAUAUAGCUCUUGUGCAGCAGCUUUUUGAAGCCCUUUGUAAGGAAGAGCCUGAGACUCGGCUUGCUAUUCAAGAAGCAUUGUCUAUGAUGGUGGGAGCUUAUAGUACUUUGGAGGGAGCACAGCGAACUCUCAUGGAGGCACUUGUGGCUUCGUACUUAAUAAAGCCUGAAGUUCAAGUUCGACAGGUGGCUGUGAAAUUUGCUAGCACGGUGUUUCCCUCAGAUCAUAUACCUUCCAGAUAUUUGCUCUUACUAGCUGCAGGAGAUCCACGGGAAGAAGUUCAUGGAGAAGCACAGCGAGUAUUAAGGUGUCUUCCUGGUAGAAACAGAAAAGAAAGUGCUUCUAAGCAGAUGCCUUCUUUCCCGGAAAUGGUGUAUUAUAUUCACGAAAAGGCUUCCCAUCGAAUGAAAACUCCAGCUAAGUACAUGACUGGGACUACUGUCCUUCCAUUUAACCCAGCAGCCUUUGGAGAGAUAGUCCUGUACUUGCGCAUGUGCCUAGCGCACAGUGCGGGAGUGGUGCCCACCUCCCAGAGUCUGGCUGAUAUGCAGGACCACGCCCCAGCCAUUGGACGCUACAUACGGACCUUGCUGUCAGGCGGCCAGGCGACAUCCUCAUCAUCUUCUUCCAAGAGUGGAGAAACCCACCCUGUUCAGAUCUACAUCGGCCUGCUUCAGCAGCUGUUGGCAGGUGUUGGAGGUUUGCCAGUCAUGUACUGUCUAUUGGAAGCUGUCUCCGUGUAUCCAGAAAAACUGGCUACCAAAUUUGUAGACAAAACAGAAUGGAUAAAGAGUCUGAUGAAUAGCAGUAAAGAAGAGAUGCGUGAACUGGCGGCAUUGUUUUAUUCUGUGGUGGUAUCUACAGUGUCGGGGAAUGAGUUGAAGUCAAUGAUAGAACAGCUUAUAAAGACCACAAAAGACAAUCAUAGCCCAGAGAUACAGCACGGAUCCUUGCUUGCGUUGGGAUUCACGGUAGGAAGAUACUUGGCCAAAAAGAAAAUGAGAAUGGCAGAGCAGCAGGACCUGGAGACAGAUGCCGAUUUCCUGCCGGAACAAGAGGAACUCAUUCAGAGCGCCACGGAAACAAUAGGCUCGUUUUUGGACAGUACGUCGCCCCUCCUGGCCAUUGCUGCCUGCACAGCCCUCGGGGAAAUUGGCAGGAAUGGUCCCCUCCCAAUCCCCAGUGAGGGAUCUGGCUUCACCAAAUCACAUCUUGUAGAAAGCUUACUGAAUAGAAUACCCUCCAGUAAAGAAACAAAUAAGAUGAAAGAACGAGCAAUCCAAACACUGGGAUAUUUUCCAGUUGGGGAUGGAGAUUUUCCUCACCAGAAACUCCUCUUGCAAGGUCUGAUGGAUUCUGUGGAGGCCAAGCAGAUCGAACUGCAGUUCACUAUUGGCGAAGCCCUCACCAGUGCUGCGGUGGGAACGAGCUCCGUGGCUGCCCGGGACGCCUGGCUGGUGACGGAGGAGGAAUAUACUCCCCCUGCUGGAGCCAAAGUGAAUGACGUGGUCCCCUGGGUAUUGGAUGUGAUUUUAAAUAAACAUAUCGUCAGCCCCAACCCACACGUGAGGCAAGCAGCCUGCAUCUGGCUCCUUUCCCUUGUGAGGAAGCUAAGUACUCAUAAAGAAGUGAAGUCUCACCUUAAAGAAAUUCAGAGUGCAUUUGUUUCCGUUUUGUCGGAAAAUGAUGAACUUAGCCAAGACGUUGCCUCAAAAGGCCUUGGGUUGGUGUAUGAACUGGGCAAUGAACAAGAUCAGCAGGAAUUGGUUUCUACACUUGUAGAGACACUUAUGACUGGCAAAAGAACUAAACAUGAAGUUUCUGGAGAGACAGUGGUAUUUCAAGGGGGAAGCCUUGGCAAAACACCCGAUGGCCAGGGCCUCUCUACUUACAAGGAGCUUUGUUCUCUGGCAAGUGAUCUUAGUCAGCCAGAUCUGGUGUAUAAAUUUAUGAAUUUAGCCAACCAUCAUGCAAUGUGGAACUCUAGGAAGGGUGCUGCUUUUGGUUUUAAUAUGAUUGCCUCCAGAGCUGGGGAACAGCUGGCUCCUUUCCUGCCUCAGCUGGUUCCCCGUCUUUAUCGUUACCAGUUUGAUCCCAACCUGGGCAUUCGACAGGCCAUGACAAGUAUUUGGAAUGCAUUGGUCACUGACAAAUCAACGGUGGAUAAAUAUUUGAAGGAGAUUCUUCAAGAUUUGGUUAAGAACCUUACCAGCAGUAUGUGGCGAGUUCGAGAAUCCAGCUGUUUAGCUCUGAAUGAUUUAUUGAGAGGAAGACCUCUAGAUGACAUCAUUGAUAAACUUCCAGAAAUUUGGGAAACUCUUUUUCGGGUACAAGAUGAUAUCAAGGAAUCGGUACGGAAAGCCGCAGAACUAGCUCUGAAAACUCUGAGCAAGGUUUGUGUGAAAAUGUGUGACCCCGCCAAAGGAGCAGCUGGCCAGAGAACCAUCGCGGUCCUUCUGCCUUGCCUUCUGGACAAAGGAAUGAUGAGUCCUGUGACAGAAGUUCGAGCCCUCAGCAUUAACACCCUUGUGAAGAUUAGCAAAAGUGCGGGAGCCAUGUUGAAACCACAUGCACCAAAACUCAUCCCAGCUCUGUUGGAAUCCUUAAGUGUACUGGAACCGCAGGUUCUCAAUUAUUUGAGCCUCCGGGCUACAGACCAAGAAAAGGCUGCGAUGGAUAGUGCUCGACUCAGUGCUGCCAAAUCCUCUCCCAUGAUGGAAACAAUCAACAUGUGCCUGCAAUAUCUUGAUGUGUCGGUGCUUGGUGAGCUCGUUCCUAGAUUAUGUGAAUUGAUCAGAAGUGGUGUGGGUCUUGGAACUAAGGGAGGCUGUGCCAGUGUCAUCGUGUCGUUAACGACUCAGUGUCCCCAGGACCUGACCCCUCACUCAGGUAAACUCAUGAGUGCUUUGCUUAGUGGCCUGACAGAUCGGAACAGUGUAAUUCAGAAAUCUUGUGCAUUUGCCAUGGGCCAUUUAGUUCGGACCUCAAGGGAUAGCAGCACUGAGAAACUCCUGCAGAAGCUUAAUGGCUGGUACAUGGAGAAAGAAGAACCCAUCUAUAAGACCUCUUGUGCUUUGACCAUCCAUGCUAUUGGACGGUACAGCCCCGACGUGCUGAAGAACCAUGCCAAAGAAGUGCUGCCUUUGGCAUUUCUGGGCAUGCAUGAGAUCGCCGAGGAGGAGAAAUCAGAGAAAGAAGAGUGUGACUUGUGGACUGAAGUGUGGCAGGAAAACGUACCUGGUUCCUUUGGUGGCAUUCGGUUAUACCUGCAGGAGUUGAUUACCAUUACCCAGAAGGCUUUGCAGUCUCAGUCUUGGAAAAUGAAAGCCCAGGGUGCAAUUGCCAUGGCAUCAAUUGCAAAACAAACCAGCUCCUUAGUACCUCCAUAUCUGGGAAUGAUCCUGACCGCAUUACUGCAAGGCCUAGCUGGAAGAACAUGGGCAGGAAAGGAAGAGCUUUUGAAAGCCAUUGCCUGUGUGGUGACAGCUUGCAGUGCAGAGCUGGAAAAGCCUGUGCCCAGUCAGCCCAGCACAAAGGAGAUUCUCCGGGCUGUUCUGAAGGAGUGUUGCAAAGAGAACCUUAAAUACAAGAUCGUAGCAAUCAGCUGUGCGGCGGAUGUCUUGAAGGCCACCAAAGAAGACAGAUUCCAGGAGUUUUCUGACAUUGUCAUACCUCUCAUCAAGAAGAACUCCCCUGAAAACACUGGCGUUCGGACAACCAAGAAUGAAGAUGAGAAUGAGAAGGAAAAGGAGCUGCAGCUGGAGUCUCUGCUGGGAGCCUUCGAGAGCCUGGGCAAAGCCUGGCCCCGAAAUGUGGAGACCCAACGUUGUUACCGUUGGGAGCUGUGCAAGUUGCUAUGUGAACGGCUAAAACUGAGCACGUGGAAAGUGCAGCUCGGAGUCCUACAGUCCAUGAACGCCUUUUUUCAGGGAUUAAUGAUUUUGGAAGAAGAACAUGCAGAUCCUGAGGCUUUGGCUGAAAUUCUCCUUGAAACUUGUAAAUCAAUCACUUACUCUUUAGAAAAUAAGACCUACUCAUCUGUGAGAACAGAAGCUUUAUCUGUGAUAGAAUUACUGCUUAAAAAACUUGAAGAAUCUAAACAGUGGGAAAGUUUGACAUCUGAGUGCAGAGUGCUCCUAAUCGAGUCUUUAGCUACUAUGGAGGCAGACAGCAGACCUGAGCUGCAGGAGAAAGCAUCAUUACUGAAGAAAACACUUGAAAAUCUGGAAUAAAUUAGAAGGGGAAGAAAGAAACAAGUGCCAUGUUCACUGGGGGUUGAAAUGGUGGUAUUCUUUGAAAAACCAAGUGGGGAAAAGUAAAGAUUAAUCUGUAGCAUGCAUCAUUCCUUGGCUGAAAUAAAAAAAAAAAAUGCCUUAAAUUUUGUUCCUUACUAGCUUUAUUUUACUUGAUUUUUUUUUUUUUUAAAGAUUUUAUUUAUUUAUUUGACAGAGAGAGACACAGCGAGAGAGGGAACACAAGCAGGGGGAGUGGGAGAGGAAGAAGCAGGCUUCCCGCGGAGCAGGGAGCCCAGUGUGGGGCUUGAUCCCAGGACCCUGGGAUCGUGACUUGAGCCGAAUGCAGACGCUUAAUGACUGAGCUACCCAGGCACCCCUAUUUUACUUGAUUUUUAAGUGUCUGGGCCUAGUGAGCUUAAUGGGACCUUGGAUGUUUGAGAGGUGGUUGUUGGUGAAACUGACGGAAAUAGUUAUGAAAAGAAUUAAAGCUGUUAGUAAAGCAAUAGGCAGAGUUGCAGAGCAAUCUGGAUAAAAGUCUUAGAACUGCAUCCAAAGUAAAUAAAGUUACUUCAGGAAGGGACUCUCUAACUCACUUAAUUUAACCCCUUUGUUUUACGCCUCAGGGAGGCUAGGAGAUGACAUAGCUUCCGCCAUGCGGCCUGUGCCGAGGCUGGGACCCAGGGUUAGAUGCCCUGCCUAGUGCUGCCCCUGGUCUGCCCGAGAAGCUCCUGAGAUGAGGCAUGCACAACAGUCCUUGCACCGGAAGCCGACCGACCCAUUAUCUGAGUACCAUGGGAUUCCUGAAACUCUGAAGCUGAACACUGAACACAUCGUUUAGAUGAUCAGUUUUUAGAAGAUGAUUGUUUAGCAUCUUCACAGGUUGAAAGAGAGACUUUGAUCUCCAUGUGAUCAUUCUGAUCGUCCUUUUACAGGCAGAUGAAAAUACUUUAGGACAAGAUUGCUUCUUCUCUCUGUAUCUGUGGUUGCAUACUUUGCAAAAAGCCAAAUCAACAACAAAAUCAUGACCGCUUUGGUUUAGACAAACAUUUAUAAUCUCCAAACUGUGAAGAUGACUUAAAAUUUUCCACCCAUUUUUAGGCUAACAGUAUGAUUAUGGAAUAGGAGGGCAAACCUCUUAAUUAGCCAUUUGGGAAUAACAUGAUAUCACUCAAAGUAAACAAUUGCAGCUAGGGUUUUUUUGUUUGUUUUUUGUUUUUACUGCUCUACCCCUGCCUAAGGGUGUAGGGUCAGGGGGAAAACCAAGCCUAACGCAAGUAUUUAUGGUCAACUGACGACUCUAGCUCACCUUGGAUUCCAAGCACAAAAUUGGUUUUACAGUUUCCACGGUGGAAACUCCAUGGUUAUUAUUUUUGGUGGUCUCUAUAGACCAUUGUAUUGACUGUGACCAGAAUAAAAAUAACUUCUUACAUCUUGACCCAGAAAUUGUGUGUGUGUGUGUGUGUGUGUGUGUGUGAACGAAUAUAAAAUCUUUAACUGAAAUAAAUGUUUUGUGAAAUAAUAUACACUCUUCACUUAUCUUAGCCAAAAGGCCGAGGAGUGAUAAUAAUACAUACUCUUUAACUAUGUGUAAUAUACUUUGAUCCCCCCACAACCAUUUUAAAUGCUCUUCAGACCCACUAAAUUCAUUUCCUGACUUAUAAAUGUGUUGUAGUGCACAGUUUGAAAAAACAUCCUCUUAGAUGAUACUAAAUAUAAUUGUGGGUUUUAGUAGCAUGAAUUGUAAGGAGCUUCUCAUGGACUCCCACUUAAGAAUGGCUUGUGCCUGGGGGGAAAAUCCACUUUGGCUAUUUUUCAGAAAGCGUGUGGCCUCAUAGAAUUUGGUGUUUUCCAGUUCAGUAUUUCCCCCUCUGCUGAGUGCCCUCUGACUUUGAUUUACAGGCCCUGGGAUACGCCUCUGAGGCAAGAAUGCCGUGCAGGUCAGCUGUUUUCUGAAAGAGGAUGAGGGCAAGAAUUGUGCUCUCGGCCCAUACGGAGUGUUUCACCUCAUCAAGUUUUAUGCUUUUUAAACUUUCUGUUAUUCACUGCUGGGAAUUUCCCAUGGUGCUGAGAGUGGGGCUGACUCUUAAACCUUUGUGCGCAGUGCUGUUGAGUUCAUUUAUUGUCGCUUUCUAUAAGCACAAUGCCGAGUUACACUCUUAAUGCCUUCCCCUCGACCAGCCAAGUCAUUGGCAUGACUGGUAAUGUGAAAUCAUGGUGUCCCAUUGCAGCUUGUGUUGGGUGGGCACAUAUUUAUUAAAAGGAUUAAUAACUGAGAGUUUGUCAUUUUGGGAUGUUGAUACUGGUGAACCAAUGGCGAAAGGACCCACACGUGUUUAUGUCUUUGGCCCUCAUUCUCCAAAGCUCUCUGGAAUGGAUUUUUAUUAUUUUAUCCCCCUGGGAAUAUUCAGUGCUACUUGUCAUACAAGUAUCUGAUUUGGAGAGCUUAAUUACUGAACACCUUCCUCUUGAAAUUAGUGCACUUAGGUCGAACUUCGCAAAAUUAUUAGGUAUGUGAAAAGGAGGGACCCGAAGUUUGGCAAUUGGAAAUCAAAACAAUGAAAGUAGCAUAAAGUUGUGUUUUCGGUGAGAAAAAGCAGGAGUUUCUUUAAUGAAUGAUUGUGUCCCAUUUACAACUGCCUGUGACGGUUUACCUGCCAGUAAGACUGACCACUGCCAAAUCCCCAAGGCUCUCCCCUUCCAUCUUUUCCUUGUGUGUGCACCAACAAGAAAAAGAUGUGACCUUGUUGAUCUGUGCUCUCGCAGCGACUGCACUGUGUGGCCUGCCCUUUGGGGGGCAUUUCUGCGGGCUGUUGCCACAGUCUGCUCAUGCUGCUAGUUAGGUACAGGGGGUUAUUUCGACACUGGAACUCAUUGUAAUGUACAAACCGCUGUUAGAUGGAUGUAUAUGUAACAGAUUUUUGUAUUUUAUACGUGAAGUCUUCAUAGACUCCCUUGCAAUAUGUGUUGAGCUAGUUAAGCAUGUGAUCGACCUAUUUGAAAGGAACAUUCUACCCAUGCCCAAGAAGAUACUAAGUGGUAAAUAAAAGCUGCAUGAUCAGUUCUUUUGAAGGAGUGCACUGAUUUUUACUGGUUCUCUAGGGAAAUAGUUCAGCUUCCAGGGAAUUGACUGGUGACAUUUUAUUAUUUUAUUUUUUUUAAAGAUUUAUUUAUUUAUUUCAGAGAGCAAGAAUGAGAGAGAGAGAGAGUACAUGAGAGGGGGGAGGGUUAGAGAGAGAAGCAGGCUCCUCGCCGAGCAGGGAGCCCGAUGCGGGACUCGAUCCAGGGACUCCAGGAUCAUGACCUGAGCCGAAGGCAGUCGCUUAACCAACUGAGCCACCCAGGCGCCCUUGACUGGUGACAUUUUAAAAACCAAAAAAGGCCCUAUUGCCUGCCAUAUCCUGAGCUACGUCCCCGAAGCAGACAUAGUUGGCUUAACUGGAAGUCCCAGAGCAAAGCAGAAACAAAGGCAGGACACCUGAAAAAUGGCAAUCAAAUACUUGGAGAGAAGUAAUCGUUGAAAGAUAGAUUAUUUAUUUAUAUUUGAGAAAAGUAAUCCCAGGUGAACACAUAGAAACAGGCAGUUCUGCUUUUGACCAAGAUUGAUGGACAUGGCUAUGGACAUAAAAUGUCAGACAUCCUGUGCGGUAAGCUGCCAGACAAAUCUUGACACUGGAAGAUGUGCUUGAGAGUUACCUUGCUUUAUUGGUAGUCGGAGCCAACAAGCCUAUGUCGUUCUCUUCUGCUUCCUUUCCCCCUAAAUGCAGGUUCCAAUUUGAUGGAUUGGAUUGCUUUUUUUUUUUUUUAAGUGGAAAAUCAUAAUGCUACAAAAAUUGGAAACAAUCAGCCUUUCCAACAAUGGCUAUUUAAAAUUUUAAGUGUUUAUCUUAAGAAAUGACACAUUUUUACAUUUAAGGACCAUUGAUAAAGUUGCCUUUAAAAUACAAAAGACAGGGAGAAAACAGGUAAUCAUUGAAGGAUUCCUAAUUUUUGUUUGGGUAUUCCUGAAAAGAGUAUUUUAAAAUCAGUUUGGGGUAUUAGCAGUUAGAUAUCUAAUUCUAUUACGCUACUUUUGAUUCCAGACCUGUCUUCAAAUACAAAAUCUCUUCUAAACAUCAGUUGAAGCAAAUAUUUUUUGAGUAUUUGUUUUAUUUCAACACUAUAAAGAUUUCCACUGUUUUUAGCCUCCAAGAUUUUUCCAGUGUGAUAGCUGGUCAUUCAAAUUGUUGUUUCCCUAGAUGUAUCCUUUUUUUCUGGCUUCUUCCACGAUCUUCUUUAUUUUUGGAUUUCAGCACUUUAUGAUAUGCCAAGGUGUACUUUUUUUGGUAUUUAUCCUGUUUGAGGUUUGCUUAGAUUUUGGACUUAUGUCCACACAAAAAAGUUUUUGUGCUUUACCAAAUUUUGGAUAUUUGGGGCCAUUAUUUACUCAAAAGUUUUGGGGUUUUUUUUCUGUGCUAUUUGCUCCCUCUUCUCUUCCUGGGACUCCAAUUAAAGCUAUGUCAAAUCAUUUGAUCCUGUUCUAGGGGCGCCUGGGUGGCUCAGUCGGUUGAGUGUCUGACUCUUGAUUUCAGCUCAUGUCAUGAUCUCAAGGGUCCUGGGAUAGAGCCCUGGUUCCAUCAGGCUCCGUGCUCAGCAGGGAGUCUGCUUGAGGAUUCUCUCUCUCCAUCUCCUUCUGCCCCUCCCCCUGCUUGUGCUCUCUCUAAAAAAAAAAAAAAAAUCUUUAAAAAUAUCAUUUGAUACUGUUCUACAGAUCUCUGAGGCAUUUAAAAAAAAAUCUGUGUUUAAGUUCACUGACUUUGUUUGCUAUGUCCAUUCUGAUAUUAAAGACCAUCCUGUGAAUUUUUAUUUCAGAUAUUGUUUUAAGUUUUAAAAUUUCCGGGCGCCUGGGUGGCUGAGUCGUUAAGCGUCUGCCUUCGGCUCAGGUCAUGAUCCCAGGGCCCUGGGGUCAAGCCCCACAUCGGGCUCCCUGCUCAGCAGAGGGUCUGCUUUUCCCUCUACUCCUGCUCUCUCUCUCUCUCUCACUCUCUCUCAGAUAAAAUCUUUUUUAAAAAAGUUUUAAAAUUUCCAUUUGAUUCUUUUUUAUAUUCUUUUCCUAACAUUUCCAACCUUUCCGUUCAUUACGAGCUUAAUAUUAAAGUUCACAAAGCAUACUUAUAAUAACUGCUUUUCAGUUCUUGUCUGAUAGCGACACAUCUGGGUCAUCUUGGGUUUGGUCUCUGUUGAUUGUCCCCUGCCCCACCCCCGCUGACCCACCUUUUCCUGGUUCUUCAUAUGUCCAGUGUUCUGGGAUUAUAUCCUGGACAUUGUGAAUGUUAUGCUGAAGAAAAUCUGGACUCUAUUAUAUAUUCCUCCAAUGAGGUGCUUUUCUUUUGGUAGGCAAUUAACAGGCUUAGACUCAAACCGUAACAUAUCUUACCUUUGGUGGGUAGCAGUUCAAAUGUCAGUUCAAUCCUUUUUUUUUUUUUUUCUUAGCGGACCUGUUUGCAAUCUACUCUGCAACAUGUGUGGUUUCAGAGGUCAGCCAGAGACUUGGGCAGAGCUUACACGUAGAAUGUGGAGCUUCCCCAUCUGCCUUUUUUCUUUCCUGAAUUUUCCCUUCACUUUCUGUCUUGGGCUCUGCCUCCCUCAGGUUGAAAGGAAGUUGUUUUCAAUGAGAACAUCAGCUCUUCUUGGCCCCAUUUUGGCUGUGUUUCACUUUAGACGAAAGCCACAAAUCCAGGAAGCUCACCGUAUAUUGAUGCCUUACAUGUUUUAGCUCUCUUCCAAAAUCUGCCUUUGUUGACUCUGUGGAGCCCUAAGAGAAUUGGUUUUUGUAGUUUGUCUAGAGUUUAUAGUUGUUAUAUUACGUAGGAGGGUUUGUCUUUGGGGAAGUUUAUAAAUUACAUUAAACUAAAUAUACUUCUCC